AUGAGCAACAAUACAGAUUUCCUAGGGCGGGCAAUCGACACUGUCAAAAAGGCGAUCGAGAAUGACAAUGAGGGCGAAUACGAGAAGGCCUAUCAGCAGUACUACUCCGCACUGGAGUUGUUCAUGCUGGCUCUGAAAUGGGAGAAGAACCCGCGGUCCAAGGAGAUGAUCCGCGCAAAGACCGGCGAGUACAUGGACCGCGCUGAGAAGCUGAAGAACCACCUCGCCUCUGCGGAUAGUCGUAAGAAACCUAGCGCGUUAGGUUCGAAUGGCAGUGUUGCACAAGGGAGUGGGAAGGGAGACAAGGAAGAUGACAGUGAAGAUGCGGAUGCGAAAAAGCUCCGGUCUGCGCUCCAGGGCGCGAUCUUGUCUGACAAGCCGAAUAUCAAGUGGGAGGAUGUUGCGGGCUUAGAGGGCGCGAAGGAGGCUUUGAAAGAGGCGGUAAUUCUUCCAAUAAAGUUUCCGCAUCUGUUUACGGGCAAGCGCCAGCCCUGGAAGGGUAUCUUGCUCUACGGCCCUCCCGGGACGGGCAAAUCGUACCUCGCCAAGGCCGUUGCGACGGAGGCCAACAGCACAUUCUUUAGCGUCAGCUCCAGUGACCUGGUAUCGAAGUGGAUGGGAGAGAGUGAGAGACUGGUUAAGCAACUUUUCAAUAUGGCGCGUGAAAAUAAGCCGGCCAUCAUCUUCAUUGACGAGGUCGACGCUCUGUGCGGCCCGCGUGGCGAAGGAGAAUCCGAGGCGUCCCGACGGAUCAAAACCGAACUGCUUGUACAGAUGGACGGUGUCGGCAAAGACUCCAAAGGUGUGUUGAUCCUGGGCGCAACCAAUAUUCCCUGGCAACUCGACGCCGCUAUUCGGCGGCGUUUCCAACGCCGAGUGCACAUUAGUCUGCCGGAUAUCAACGCACGGAUGAAGAUGUUCAUGCUGGCCGUGGGAUCCACGCCGUGCGAGUUGACCCAGGCGGAUUAUCGGUCAUUGGCGGAGAUGAGCGAUGGAUACUCCGGUAGCGAUAUCAGCAUUGCCGUGCAGGAUGCUCUGAUGCAGCCCAUUCGCAAGAUUCAGACUGCGACACACUAUAAGAAGGUUUGUAUUGUAGCUCCUCUUUCAAAAAGAUGCAUUUCACUAAGAAAAGAAAAAAACCAGGUAACCCACGAGGGCGCAGAAAAAUUCACCCCAUGCUCCCCAGGAGACGCUGGUGCAAUCGAAAUGACCUGGCUCAGCAUCGAAGCAGAACAGCUCCUCGAGCCACCGCUCGUCCUGAAGGAUUUCAUCAAGGCAGUCCGGAAUUCCAGACCCACCGUCAGCCACGAGGAUCUCACCCGGAACGCCGAAUGGACCGAGGAGUUCGGCAGCGAGGGUGCCUAA